AUGCUGGACCUGGCGAGUGAGCUGCGAUUUUCCUCGGCAUGGAUAGGCGUGCAUAAUGGUGACAUCGACUUUGAUGUGAAUCCAGGGCUUGUAGAAGCCACUUAUGCCUGGGCACGUGGUGAAGCGUUGUCAGUCGUGGCAGGAAAAUCUGGUGCCGACGAAGGCCAUCUGCUCAGAGCCUUCAAACGCCUAGGUGAGGUCCUGCAACAGGCUCGAAAGGCAUGUCAUCUCCUCGGUUAUCAGGCCCUUGAGAAACUGAUGCUUGAUGCUCAUGUGGCUAUAAACCGAGGUGCGUUGACCACGUCUUCACUAUACAUCUCAGACGACAUGUAG